AUCAUGCACUCCAUAUACUGCACUGAUUUCCGUGGCAGUGACUCAUCCUCAUCAAUCUGCUUUAAAUCGCAGACAGCUAAAUAAAGUGACAAAUUAGAGGUCCUAAAAGGGACACUUUGUUUCAGAUGCAUGGCUAGCAGACAUGGCAGGCGAAAGAUAGCGAAGUCCAAGCCGGGUAAGCGGGGUAGAACGUCAAACAUGCAUGAACCAGAGGAGGAAGAGAUUGAUUUAGACGACACGACUGCCAGAACUUUACUCAUGUCGGGUUUUAGUACGGCUACCACAAAGCAGCCCCGCCAGAGGUUCGGGUUGCUCAUUGGACUCUUCCUGCUUGGCUGUGUUGUUGUUAUAUCCCUAGCUGGAGGGCUAGCUUGGACUUUAUCAAAACACACCGAUGUGCCUGAGAAUAUACCUCCUAACGCAGACAAAGUAACUGGAGGAGCUCAUGACAUUAAGAAAAAUGAUCCCGCAUAUGGUCUUUCAACUCAAGCAGUAUUUAAUAAUCACCAAGCAUCUUUGCUGAACUCAGCUUCCUUUAAAUCUGUGGCGAAUGCAGUCAAUGUGCAAGAUCUCAAAAGAACUGAUUUGAACCCUCUUCUCAUUACAAGGGUUCCUGAUACACCUGGCAGCAGAGCGGCACGUGAACACAUCAUAGGGAAGCUGACCAGUAUUGGAGGAUGGGACAUAAAUCAACACACAUUCCAAGACACUACUCCCUUGGGCGUGAAAUCAUUCACCAACAUCAUUGCAACAGCCAACCCCAGUGUCAAUCGGCGUCUGGUCCUUGCUUGCCAUUACGACAGCAAGUACUUUCAACGUCAUGAGUUCAUCGGAGCUACUGACUCUGCUCUCCCCUGUGCCCAGCUGCUUUAUUUGGCCCGAUCCCUGGCAGAGCCCUUGAGGCAGGCUAAUGCUACAAACCCUCCUGUUACCCUUCAGCUGAUAUUCUUUGAUGGUGAAGAGGCCUUCCAAAGCUGGACAGACACAGAUUCACUCUAUGGAUCACGUCGGCUUGCUGGAGACAUGCAAAACACUGAUCAUCCUUACCCAGGGGCCCAGACUAAUCUUCUCGAUGGCAUGGAUAUGUUUGUUUUACUGGAUCUACUAGGAGCAAGGAAUCCGCAUUUCUAUGAUUACUUCCAAUCGACAUCAGUCUGGUACAACCAUAUGAGGAAUAUAGAGCAAAGACUGAAAAGAAGCAGAGUGUGGACUGGAAGUACAACCAAUAAUUACUUUUCAGGCACUCCUCAUUACAAUGCUCUUAUGCAAGAUGACCACAUCCCAUUCUUACAAAGAAAUGUAAGAAUUCUGCACCUUAUCCCAAGUCCAUUCCCGAAUGUUUGGCACAAGUUGAGUGACAAUGCAGCAGCCUUAGAUGAUAACACCAUCUCAAACCUCAGUAAAAUCUUUCACAUAUUUGUGGCUGAAUAUCUCAGCCUCCCUGCUCCAUGAUGACUUGGAUCCAUACAAUGUGACCAAUUUUAGAGAAAUCCUUUUAUUUUCUGAUUCUGUAUCAAAACAUUCCUUGAUAUUUUUCUUCUUUUGGGGACAUUUGAAACAAACCUUUGUAUUUUUCUCCUUUUCGGGGACAGUUCUUGAAACAUGUUAUUUUCUCCUUUUUGGGGACAGGUAUGUUUCAAGUUUGCCUGUCAUUUUGGGGAAUGGUCUGCAGGCAUACAUUGUAAUUUUCUUAUCAAAGCGUAGUUAUGAUUGUUAUGCCAUGCAAAUAAGUUUUGAUAUUUUAGGGUUGUCUGUGUUUUCCUCCAGCUCUUUUUCAUUUUACGGGAAAUAUUUGAGGGAUCAAACUUGGCUUAUGUAUGCAUACUGGAGUGGAAAAGAUCUGAUUUUAUUUACAACAAAAUACAUAUGUUUACAGGUAAUGAUAAAUUCAAUUGCAGAAAAGUCACACAUAUGAAACAUAUGAUUGGUUUGAUAAAUUAAACCUGAAAUAAGAUUAAAUUUCUUUUGGUCCUAGCGCCACAAGUUGAAUUUGCUGAUUUGUAUGAGAACUGAAUUACUAAAGAAACGAUGCAGUUGUUCACACUAAUCUAGUAAUUUUUAUGAUUGUCAGUGUAGUAUUUUUCACGGUACACCUUGUAUUUCUUGGUCCUAAAAAGAACCACCCAAACUCGAUGUUUCAACAAGUGUGUUCUUGUCAUCUUCAGGAAAACGAGAACACAUUUGUUGAAAUGUUGAGUUUGGGUGGUCAUUUUUCAGGACCAACACUUGCCCAAGAAAGAUACAUGGUGUACCGUUAAACCUACUACACUAUACUUCUUCUCCAUGGAAACUUUCAGAAUUUAUAUAUGAUCAUUGUUAGCCUUCUUAAGGGGGGGGGGGGUGACUCGGGAAGACAAUCAUAGGUAUAUAUGAGAACAUUAGUGCUACCAGCCAUACAAUUGGUAUCGUAUAAAGCAUGUAAGCCAAUUCCUUUUUUUAUUUGGGGUUGAAAUAAUUAUAUAAGUAUUUACAGGGUUUCUUUUAUGUGCAAAUUUACACAAGAGCAGUGAUGUAUUCAAAAGGUUUCGGAAAUUGAGUUUUUUAUUUUGUACAUGUUUUUAUUUUGCCAUGAUUAUUGAUUUUUUAUUUGAUUUGAUUGCAUGUAAACAUUGAAAUACUCAAUAUGGUUAUAAUUUUUUUUUUCGCUAGGCAUUAUAGUCGGCUUGUAUGUUAUUAUUACUUUGUAAUCCUUAAUCAAAUCUGCAAACCUGGACAGUCCGGUCAGAAUCAUGGAUUUUACCAAUUAUGAAUUACAAUGCAUAUUAAAGCGAUAUAUAUUUAUUUUUUAAUUUAUAUUGAAUGAUCUCUUCUUCUUGAGUUGAUUCAACUAUGAGGAAGGGAGGUGGAAGUUACAAGUUUGUGAAGGAAAACCCUGAAGUUCAAAUUUCUAAGUAUUUGGUAAAAUAUGCCCAAAAAUAUAUUUAUUGAUGAUUGUACAAUCAAUUUGAUUUGCAAAUUUAUGUUUGCUUUAAUCAAAUUGACUUUACGUGUAUUUAUUAGAGUGCAAUGAGUGAGAUCUGUAUCAUUGGCUUCUUUUAGUCAUUUCUUAUUUUUUUUCUUCAGAUUUAACCUAUUUACAUUAUGCAUUGUAGGUCAGUGCAAAGCACCAGA